AUGCCUUCAGCGAUUACUCUGUCUGCCAUAACCUCAACUGCCAUAACCUCAACAAUAUGUCCAAUGGAGAGCUCAAUUCAAAUCGUCUUUGCAAUCCCAGAGCUUCUAGAACUUAUCCUCCUCCAGUUACCAUUCCUCGAUCUCGUCCGAGCUCAAAUGAUUAGCCAAAGCUUCUACGAUGUUAUUGAAUCCUCAAACUUACUUCAACAAGCUUUGUUUCUUCGUGCAUCCCCAGCUACAUCAUUUCCCCAGCCAAAUCCUCUUCUCCAACCUUGUCUCAACGCGCAGUUCCUAGACUUACGAUCGACUCAAACGCGGUGCAGGUACCUUCACAACCCGCGAGGUCGACGAAUGGCAGAUUGGAGAAGAUGGCCUGUCAUCGACUAUCGAGAUGGGUUUGAAUUGAAUUUACAACCUACAAAUAAGGCAGUCGGCAGAAAAGAGGCUAGUUGGAAACGCAUGUUAAUUGUUCAACCUCCUGUUGAGGAACUGGAAGUCAAUGGUCCACCAUCGCGAAAAAUUGAGGAUCAAUUUGGUGUCAAAAUGGAUGAGUUGGGAAGUCCAUUGGGUAAACUGAGAUGUGUAGAUUUUGAGAUCUUUACAAGUGGAAGGUCUCGUAUGAUUGUCGAGAAACAGAUGAAAUCCAUGACCCAUUGA